AAAACCCCAUAUUCCCUCCAUCUCAACCUCUUCUAGCUAUCCCCUUUCCUAAUUCUUCUUCUUCCCUUUAAUUUUAUGAGUCUCUGAGGUGUUAGUCUUGCUUCGUUUUCUUCUUUUAAUUUCGUGCACCCGUCCCUCGUUCCUUGGUCGUCCUAGGAGGAAAGCUGCAAAGGAAAAAAAAAAUAACCUGCCCCGUUCGCGUGAUAUAUCAACCACCUCAGUGAGGACCUGGACCGGUCACAUCCUCGCCUCUCUGGUCAUCCCUUAGUUCGAUACUAUAUCAGACUUAUACAUUACAUUCGCGAUGGAAGGACAGGGCGAAAACGAUGAGCUCUACCCUAUCGCCGUUCUUAUUGAUGAGUUGAAGCAUGACGAUGUUCUCCUCCGUCUCAAUGCAAUUCACCGCCUCUCCACGAUUGCUUUAGCUCUGGGGCCCGAGAGGACCCGCGAGGAGCUCAUCCCAUUCCUCGAUGAUUCGGUUGAGGAUGAAGAUGAGGUUCUGACAGCGCUGAGUGAGGAACUGGGUGGCUUUAUAGAGUAUGUUGGUGGUCCGGAAUAUGGCCACGUUCUUCUCUCACCCCUAGAGAAUUUGGCCGCGAUUGAGGAACCUUUGGUCCGAGAGAAGGCGGUCGAGUCGCUUAACAAGAUCGGCGAGGAGCUGUCGGAGAAGCAGAUCGAAGAAUACUACGUCCCCAUGGUUCAACGUCUAUCAAAAGCCGACUGGUUCACAUCCAAGGUCUCCGCUACCGGCCUCUACAGCGUUCCGUAUAAGAAAUGCCCUCCUGCUCUGCAGCAAACCCUGCGACAGUUUUUCGCUGGUCUCGUGCGCGAUGAAACCCCAAUGGUCAGGCGCCAAGCCGCCAACAACCUUGCAAAGUUUGUGAAGGAAAUGUCGACUCAGGUGGUCAUUGACGAAAUGAUUCCCCUGUUCCAAUAUCUUGCCAGCGACGACCAGGACAGCGUGCGUCUGCUUACAGUGGAUAUUCUCAUAGCUAUUGCCGAAGAAAUCCCCAAGGAGCAGCAGCCCAGCCACGGCGUGCUGCUGACAUCCCUACGAAGCCUGUUCGAGGAUAAGAGCUGGAGGGUUAGGUAUAUGGUUGCGGACCGAUAUGAGAAGAUUGCGAAAGCCGUGCACGAGGAAGUUGUCACCCGUGACAUGGUGCCAUCCUUUGUUAAACUCCUCAAAGACACUGAGGCGGAGGUCCGUACCGCCAUUGCUGGACAGAUUCCUGGCUUCUGUACUUUGAUUGAUCGUGAGACGUUGCUUAAUGAGAUUAUGACUAGCGUGGAGGACCUUGUCUCAGAUCCCUCCCAACAUGUGCGAGCAGCCCUGGGCACUCAAAUCAGUGGCCUUGCGCCCAUUCUCGGAAAAGAGGAGACUAUCUCACACCUUCUGCCAAUGUUCCUUCAGAUGCUCAAGGAUGAGUUCCCAGAUGUGCGACUGCAUAUUAUCUCCAAAUUGGAGUUGGUUAACAAAGUUAUCGGCAUCGAUCUCCUUUCUCAGUCUCUACUUCCUGCCAUUGUGCAGUUGGCUGAGGAUAAGCAGUGGAGAGUCCGCCUUGCGAUUAUCGAAUACAUCCCCCUCCUUGCCAGUCAGCUGGGUGUCAAAUUCUUUGAUGAGCAACUCAGCGACCUGUGCAUGGGUUGGCUUGGCGACACCGUCUUCUCCAUUCGAGAGGCUGCCACCCAAAAUCUCAGGAAGCUCACAGAAGUGUUCGGAGUGGAUUGGGCUAAAGGCUCCAUCAUUCCCAAGGUCAUGGCCAUGGGUCAACAUCCUAACUACCUCUACAGAAUGACCACAUGUUUUGCUAUCUCCACUCUUGCGCCCGUGGUUUCGCUGGACAUCAUCGAAAACUCCAUCCUCCCUAUUCUGGACAGACUUGUGACAGAUGAGAUCCCCAACAUUCGCUUUAAUGUCGCCAAAUCCUACGCCGUUCUGGUUGACACAUUGCGACGCCUCCCGGCGCAAGGCACUCUGAUAGACUUGGAGAAGGCAGGUAAACCCGAGGCACCAUCCCCGCGGGGCCAGGAACUUAUCCAACAGAGGAUUAUCCCAAGUCUGGAGAAGCUCCAGGGUGACGAUGACGUUGAUGUUCGGUACUUUGCAACAACUGCCGCUGGCGGCCACGAAGAGGCUAUGCAGACCUCGCCGUAGGCCAAUUUUUUUGAUUCGGCUUUGUAUAGGGCUUCGUCUGCACGUGGUGUAGAACACCGUGAAUGUGAGGAACUGGUGGCACGACUUGGGGGGAAUGUCAAUUUAGUCAAAUUAGAAGUUAGUCGGGGCAACUGACUGGGAUGAAGUUCUCCAUGGCGUUUCGACUGUAGAUCCUUUUGGUCCUCUAUGAAUAAUCCAACGAAAACCACAGUUAUGGCAUUUGAUUAACCGUCAUUUACUUUCCU